AUGCCGCAGGGAAAGCUGAGUCUCAGCAGAAAGGGGAGACCUCAGCCUAACGACAUCUCCCCAGAGGAAUUCCCAGGAGCGCUGCUCAAGGCUUCACCUGGCCAGCUGGAGGUCACCAUGGGGGUCAUGGAUGAGAACGCCACAAACACCUCAACCAACUCUUUUUCUCUGCUUGACCCCCAUGGAACCCAAGCUGCUUUCUUCCCAUCCAACUUCAGCUAUGGCGACUAUGAUAUGCCCUUGGACGAAGAUGAGGAUGUGACCAAUUCCCGGACCUUCUUUGCUGCCAAAAUUGUCAUUGGCCUGGCGCUGGUGGGCAUCAUGCUGGUCUGUGGUAUUGGCAACUUCAUCUUCAUCGCGGCCCUGGCCCGCUACAAGAAGCUGCGAAACCUCACCAAUCUGCUCAUCGCCAACCUGGCCAUCUCCGAUUUCUUGGUGGCCGUCGUCUGCUGCCCCUUCGAGAUGGACUACUACGUGGUACGCCAGCUCUCCUGGGAGCACGGCCACGUGCUGUGCGCCUCUGUCAACUACCUGCGCACCGUCUCUCUCUACGUCUCCACCAACGCCCUGCUGGCCAUCGCCAUCGACAGAUAUCUGGCCAUUGUCCACCCGCUGAGACCCCGCAUGAAGUAUCAAACAGCCACUGGUUUGAUUGCCUUGGUGUGGAUGGUGUCCAUCCUCAUUGCCAUACCGUCAGCCUACUUCACCACUGAAACGGUCCUCAUCAUUGUCAAGAGCCAGGAGAAGAUCUUCUGCGGCCAGAUCUGGCCAGUGGACCAGCAGAUCUACUACAAGUCAUACUUCCUCUUCAUCUUCAGCAUUGAGUUCGUGGGCCCGGUGGUCACCAUGACCCUGUGCUACGCCAGGAUCUCCCGGGAACUCUGGUUCAAGGCUGUCCCUGGUUUCCAGACUGAGCAGAUCCGGAAGCGGCUGCGCUGCCGCCGGAAGACGGUCCUGGUGCUCAUGUGCAUCCUCACCGCCUACGUGCUGUGCUGGGCGCCCUUCUACGGCUUUACCAUUGUGCGUGACUUCUUCCCCACUGUGUUUGUGAAGGAGAAGCACUACCUCACGAUCUUCUAUGUGGUUGAGUGCAUCGCCAUGAGCAACAGCAUGGUCAACACCGUGUGCUUCGUGACCGUCAAGAACAACACCAUCAAGUACUUCAAGAAGAUCAUGCUGCUCCACUGGAAGCCUUCUUACAGUGGGAGUAAGUCCAGUGGGGACCUUGACCUCAAAACCACGGGGGUGCCUGCCACUGAAGAGGUGGACUGCAUCAUCCUGAAAUAA